AUGCCUCAAAACGAAUAUAUUGAACAGCACAUCAAAAAGCAUGGAAGAAGGCUAGAUCAUGAGGAAAGAAAGAGGAAGAGAGAAGCCAGGGAAGGUCAUAAAAUAGCUAAAGAUGCUCAGAGUUUGAAGGGAUGGAGAGGUAAGCAAUUUGCAAAGAAACGUUACAGCGAAAAGGUGGCCAUGAAGAAGAAAAUUAAAGCCCACCAAGAGUCUAAAGUUAAAGGACCUUCCGUACCUCAAGAUGAAGGUGAAGCAUUGCCUACUUAUUUGUUGGAUCGUGAGAGUAAUAACACAGCUAAAGCCAUUUCCUCAUCUAUAAAGCAAAAAAGAAUGGAAAAGGCAAAUAAAUUCUCAGUUCCUUUGCCUAGAGUUAGAGGAAUUUCUGAGGAGGAAAUGUUCAAAGUAAUCAAGACUGGUAAAUCCAAAUCAAAGUCUUGGAAGAGAAUGAUCACGAAGCAUACAUUUGUCGGUGAAGGUUUUACUAGAAGACCUGUUAAAAUGGAAAGAAUUAUCAGACCUUCGGCACUCAGACAAAAGAAAGCUAACGUGACCCACCCUGAGCUAGGAGUUACUGUUUUCUUACCUAUUUUGGGCGUGAAGAAGAAUCCUCAAUCGCCUAUGUAUACUCAAAUGGGAGUUCUCACAAAAGGUACUAUUAUAGAAGUAAAUGUGUCUGAGUUAGGUCUUGUUACUGCUGGUGGUAAAGUUGUCUGGGGUAAGUAUGCACAAAUCACAAAUGAGCCAGAUAGAGAUGGGUGUGUUAACGCAGUAUUAUUAGUUUGA